CGUUGGAAUAUGUUAUAGACAACAUGCGCAGAUAAUGGACGUAAAAAACUACUGAGCACACCGGCUGUCAGUGUCAUCAUCCAAAAUGGCAGCCACCGUAGGAAGACUGCUAAAGACCUCUGCAAGACUCGCAGCGGGAGGACUCUCCAGAACGGCCAACUGCACUGCCCUUCAAAGAGGCGGUUUCUCCACCAGCACAGCCAGAUUUGCUGCCGCGGUCACUCAUCCGGCACCGGCCUUUAAAGGCACCGCCGUCCACAAUGGAGAAUUCAAGGAGAUGAGCCUGGAUGACUUCAAGGGCAAAUACCUUGUCCUCUUCUUCUACCCACUGGAUUUCACCUUUGUAUGCCCGACUGAGAUCAUUGCGUUCAGUGACAAAGCGAACGAGUUCCACGAUGUCAACUGUGAAGUUGUGGGCGUCUCUGUGGACUCUCACUUCUCCCACCUGGCGUGGAUGAACACUCCACGCAAGGCUGGGGGGUUGGGUCACCUCCACAUCCCUCUUCUUGCUGAUCUGACCAAGCAGAUUUCCCGGGAUUACGGCGUCCUGCUGGAGGGUCCCGGUAUCGCACUAAGGGGCCUGUUCCUCAUCGACCCCCAGGGCGUGGUGAAGCACAUGAGCGUGAACGACCUGCCCGUGGGCCGCUCUGUCGAGGAGACCCUCCGUCUGGUCAAGGCCUUCCAGUUCGUGGAGACCCACGGAGAAGUCUGCCCCGCCAGCUGGACUCCAGAGUCCCCAACGAUCAAGCCAACCCCUGAAGGGUCAAAGGAGUACUUUGAGAAAGUCAACUAAAUAAAUGUGUCAAAAGCUUACUAAAUUGGCAUAUCGUCCACAUCAACAAAAACCAUAAUGUACCCUAUCAUAGAUCAAGUGUCAUUUGUCCUUAUUUCAUGCUCAGUUCAGUAAUAAAUAUUUCAGUGUAAUUUA